AUGGCGAUACUGAGACACAUGAGCAAAAGCAUCAUUGACAGGCUGCUGGAUUCCCAGUACACACAAGAGACCUUGCGUGAUGAGUGCUGGGCAGAAACUCAGUGCGACUCCACACAACCAGAUUCAGAGCUAUGUCCGGCCAAACUGGAUGUGGAGCCGACACCUGGCCACGACGUCUGCACUACAGAUGAAGAUGUGGAAACCACGGCGAGCGAGGCGGAUGACAAGGAGGACCACAGGCUCGAGGUGCCUUUUCGCGGCAUUCGUGAAGUGGCGGAGGCUGACAUUGCUGCCGGGUGCAAUGCUGCAGCUCUGCGAAGCAGCGAAGAUUUGGAGCUUUACCUGCGAAGGCUUGGUGGUCUGGGUCACAGCCCUCUUCAUCCGCCUCCCCCGCGCAGCUUCGCAAGACAAGCCGAGGCGAUACGAUACCUGGAGGGUCUCCUUGCUCAGGGGGUUUACCGGUUGCAUCAGCUUGGCCUUUUCUCCCGCGAGUUUUCUUCCUCGGGCUGCAGGCGCUUCCUUGUCGAUACAAAAGUGGGCUUUGCGCUGACAUCCGCACCGACCUCGAGGCAGUGGGAUCAGGUUCUCGACAAAUUGCCGCAACAACAUCUGUACGAGGUCUUGAUGGAGACACAGCCCUGCUGGCUUUAUUUUGAUUUGGAGUUUCCUAGAUGUGUGAACCCCAACCUCGAUCCGGGCAAAGUUAUCUCGGCGUUCUACGAUCUCCUGAACCAGUUCUGCUUCUCAACCUUUGGAUUGACGUUGGAUACAGACUCCCUCUUUGAACUCGAUUCGACCACAGACGAAAAGUUUUCCAAGCACGUGAUCGCCAAACGUUUGCAGACGGUUGACGGCAGUGGGUUGGGCGGGCAGUACCACUUCCAGUCGUUGGCAUUCCCGAAUAAUGCUCAAGCAGGGUUCUUUGUCAAGAAGUUCAUGGACUUUGUGCGGCAGCAGCGUUUGGCGCGAAGACGGGCUGCCAGCUUGCUUUUUGCUCGGGCGAAGCCCAAACAGCAGAAGGAGUAUCAGAAAGAUCCUGCGAAGGAUGAGGCUCCAGCAGCAGAGAAGGCCUCCGCGGAUGAAGCUGCAGGAUCACCUCCGUCUGAGGUUCCAGUCGUCGACGAAUCCGUGUAUACUCGAAAUCGGUGCUUUCGGGUGCUGUUCAGCUCAAAGCAUCUUGGCAAACAUGCACGCGCAUGUGCAGACACGCCAACACGCUGA